AUCAAACCCUGGCGUGAGCAGAAUUCAUACAAAGGCAGACUGGGGUUGAAAAUGUUGCAAUGAAGAAUGUAGAAUGAGAUGAGAUCACAGCAUCAGUCUCUCCUUUGUGGACGUGGACAAUGAUCACAGAGCCAGAUGGGAUUAGUGAAACCUAUUUACCAGAAGUUCAGAGCAGUUGCAUGAAGCCGAUAGGCAGCCAGGAGGGAGAGGUGAAAAAUGCACCAGAUUUACAGUUGCAGUGAUGAAAAUUUAGAAGUCUUCACUGUGAUUUCUUCCAAAUCAUGUAGCCCAGUCAGAAGAAAAGCCAAAAGUACUCAAUGCAUCCUGCCGAAAAAGGUGGUAGCAGUGUCUGACUAUCAUCUUCAAGGGACAGAGGAGCUGCUGUCACACCAAGGUGAUCUUAUUCAAGUCUUCUGCAAAGAUGAAGAAGGGCAGGCAUUCAGUCAUGUGCAGAACAGGCAGCAAGGAUUCUUCCCUAGUCCCUCCAAAUGUUCUGCAAGACACACUGGAAUUUCUAAACAAAGGUCAUUCUGCUAUAGCAGUAGCCUGCCAGAUGCAAAGACUUUGCAGCCGCAGGAAUCCCCAGUCUCUCAUCACAAUACAAGAUGGAUUGCAGCCACAGAACCAGCCAUGAGGGAUAGUGCAUUUGCAGACGAGCACAGAAGGUCCUUGCAGAAAAAUACUGAAGAUGACAUAAGCCCAACUCAAGGAACGGAGGAGGCCUCUUUACCUCUAACGGGCAGCAUUUUGCAUGGAACACCAAGCCUCCUGCGGAAAAUAUGGAUGAAACAUAAAAAGAAGUCGGAAUAUUUGGGGGCCACAAACAAUGCCUUUGAGGCAGACUGACAACCCUCAGCCUUGCUUGUGCAAGCAGAGGGUUCUUCAACAAAAUACAGAACGCUGUCACAUUUACCUGAUAACGGAUGUAGUGUGGCACAUACUUAUCCCACAAAACAAAACAAAACAAAACUUCUACAGAAUCCACGGGGGGUGGGGUGGGCGAGUUUAAAGACUGCAUCCUAUGCAAACAAUUCAGCUCAUAUAUUUUGCACAUGCUUCUGAUAUGCUUCUUGUUAACAGAUUCAACUGUGAUCAUUGCAUCAACCCAGCAUUUCUUAUUCUAUCCUGGUUCAUCUGGAUUUGUUGGAAAAGGCCAAGAGAAAUUACUGUAUCCUCAACAGACCUCACGUCAAUGACACCGUGCCAUUUAAAGUACAGUCCUGCAAUUUAUCAUGUGAUGCUACUUCGGCAAAUGAUUUCUUUAAAUCAGUGAUAUGCAGGCUUUCAGGUUCAGAAUCAACUUGUUUGCUUAGGAACCUCUGAGCAUGACAGAGGAUUUGCAGAAGAAUUCUACUGCAAUCAUUCAGUUCACCUAAAUAAACUGUUCACUUACUGUUGCACCACAUCAACAGAGAGUGCACCCUUGCACAGAGAUGAAGGAAUCUGUGGCGCUCCAGAGAUUCCUGGACUCCAGCCUCCAUCAGUCCCAGGCAGCAUGGCCAAUGGUCAGGGAUGAUGGGGAUUGUAGUCCAGCCCACCAUAUCAUAUGCUCAACACUCAAGGUGGUGGUCAACCUGCCUUUCCUGUUUUCUAUUACUGAUAUUCUCAUCAAUGCCUGCUCCGCUCUUUCUCACACACAUGCAAACAUUAAACUUCCAAAGAACUCUUGGGUUCUUUGGUUUGAAACUGUUGCUCUAAGCUAUGCCCAGUUACCAGAACUGGCCUUUGCUGCCUGAGGCAACGUACAAGAUGGUGUCCCUCCUCCCCAUUCGACAUACAGAAGCCAUGGAGCUGGCAGUGUAAUCUGACAUUGACACUGAUGCCAGAAAAGCAUCCUCCGCCACACCUGAGGCCAGCAGACUAACUGAGGGAUGUCAAGAUAAGCUGUGUGGGGAAGGGUCGUAGCUUUGCAUGCAGAAGGUACUGGGUUCAAUCAUUGGCAAAUCUAAGUAGGGCUGGGAAUGUCCACUGUCUGAAACCCUGGAGAGCCACUGUCAGCCAAGUUAGACUGAGCUAGAAGGACCAGUGGUCUGAUUCAGUAAAAGGCAGCUACCUAGGUGGCACACAUUCUGCCUUCCAGCACCUUGCUGGUGUUUGCUCACUGCUCUGCCUGAUGUUUGCUUGCUGCCAACUCAAGCAAAAGCUGUAACACAGCAGUAGCAAUGGGAGCAUGCAGCAUGAGAGCAGAGCAACACAUGCACACAUAUGGAAAAUCUUCUGGAAGAUGUGGGGUGGCCACCUCUUUGCCUGUUUGGCUCAGUCAAGGACCCUUCCUAAUCCUGCUAUUUGUGAUACACUGGAAGAAGGCAACUAGGUAGGACAAACAGCCAGGUUGAAAGAAUUAUCACAAGGUACCACUUGCUCAUGAAGAUGAGAAUGAUCAGAAUGACUGUACCCUGGUUUCUCUUCAGAUCAUAUAAAUCUUUCAACUUUUACUAAAGAUCAGAAUGACUGUCACUGUCCCCUAGCAUUUGCCACCUGAGGCACCUGACUCAUGGUAGGACCAGCCUGAGCAGCUGAUUUUUUUCUCAGAUUUAAAAAAAAAAUAUUAAAGAAUGCACCACUCUGUGCAGCCUUGUAUCAUCACAUCCAAAACAUUAUGUUGCCAGAUAUCGUAAUAACUAAAUUCAUUGAAUAACAGUGCAUCAGUGGCUAGUUAGCAGGAAAGUCUUGCAUGUGGAAAGGCCCCUACUUUAGCUUUUGGUUAUAUGUGAAAUAAUAGCUUUAAACAGUAUUGAGAUGGGGAAUGCGCGUUAUUAUAUAUUCUCUCAACAAUUGUUGUAUUUUAAAACAUGUUUUCUUCUAAUUUAUUUAAUUUAUAAGUCAGAGAUAUCUAAUGUCAGAUUUCAAAAAACAAAGUUGUAGUUUAAUUUUAUAUUCCCUAACACUAAUGAAGCUUUUUCUUACAUGUAGCAAGUACUUGUUUUAUUGUUCCAAAUAAAUGAUGUCCUCUUCAGGCA